AUGGCGGAAGGUGGUAAAUUAAAUUCAGCUAAAAACAGCUUCGACGAUGCUGUUCCUGGGCGCAAAGAACAAAUAUUAUGUCAGCCAUGUUCCAGAAAGGAUUUACAAACAACUGCUGAUGUGUUUUGUUCAGACUGUGACGAAUAUCAGUGCAAUGAAUGUUCGAAGGUACAUACAGUCUAUGCGUUUAUGAAAAAUCACAAGUUAGUGAAAUCGAACGAAGUGAAAUCGAAACCAUCUUCUUUUGAUAUGAAAGGAAUGGACAAUUGUGAACAGCACGGUGAAUUGUUGAAAUUUUUCUGUGAAGACGAGAACCAGCUCUGCUGCAGUACAUGUGCUAUAGUUGAUCACCGGAAAUGCCACAGUGUCGUAGAAGUACCGAAGAUUGCCGAGAAGUCGCGUUCUGAUGAUUUCAAGUUGAUGAAAAAAAUGGAAGAAGUAAAAUCAAAAGCGGAGAUGAUUGUUAAACACAUUGAUUCAUCGAAAGAACAACUCAGUACAAAUAUCAAAGCAAUAUUUAUAGAAAUAAAAAGAAUGCGAGGUGACAUGAAUAAAAUGUUCGACGAAUUGGAAGUUUACGUUACCAGGGAAACUGACGAAAUUCAGGCUGAAGUAACUAAUACACUGGAAAAGAAACGAUCCAGCGUUGAGAAACAUAAAGCUGAUGCUACAAAGUCACUGGAUAUUGUUGAUACAGUUUCGGAGAACGGGACGCCAUCACAGCAGUUUAUAGUAAAACAGAAAAUAAAAACACAGGCCAAUGAACUUUACAGGGACGUGGACAAUGAAUGUCAAAAUUUACAGAUUGCUACCGUUUCCUUUAAAUUUGAUAAAACAUUAAAGUUGCCACCACUUCCUAUUUCUGCAGGCGUUCCAGGAAAGCUUACAUUAAAAUACACCCUGCCUGAAGCAAAGACAUCUGUCGCACCUGUAAAUCCGCAAUUUAAGUUAACGAAGGUUACUUCCAUUGGUUUGAAGCAGACUGGAGAUGAUACCAGGGAACCGCACUACACAGGACUGGAUUUCCUACCGGAUGGUAGACUGGUUGCCGUGGAUAGACACAACAAGAAAUGCUUGAUUUACAACGAGAAGCUUAAGAAAGUAGGAUCAUAUCAGUUAUCGUAUAAACCACAAAGUGUAGUUGCUGUAUCUGAGGAGGAAGUGGCGAUAACAUGUAUUAAUCACUACAAGAUAGACUUUCUACGUGUCAGCAAAUCUAAUGAAAUAACUUUGAAUAGGACAUGUAAAGUUAAGACACGGUAUAGCUCUAUAUGUCUGAAAGAUGAGAGACACUUUGUUGUUGGAACUAUCGAUGAUACAAGACCUGUUCGUAUUGUAUCAAUGUCAGGGGAAGAGAAAGAUUUCAGCGUCAGCUUUCCCAAUAAGAAAUAUUCUUUAGGCGAUAGUUCAUGCACCUAUAUAAGGAAUACUGAGAAGAUGAUACUAACCGAUAGGCUCGAACAUACUGUUUAUAUAUAUGACUUCAAGACUAACACCAGAAUUGUUGUCAAGGACGAUCAGAUAAAGGAACCAAGUGGUGUAGCAGUAGGUCCAUCCGACUGUUUCCUGGUUUGCAGUGAAAAUACAAAUUCAAUUGUGCAGAUCUCUCAAACAGGUCGGAUUCUAUCAUCGUUUAAGUUGGAUAUGAAAUGGCCACGCAGAGUCUGUGUUUCAAAGAACAAUUCUAUUCUUGCUGUUAUAAAUUGCUGUCGGGGUGAAAUAAGGUUGCAGUUGUUUAAAUUUACAGGUUCAGAGUGA